CCUACUUUUUUAUUCAUCUGAUAAAAAUGGCGACCAUUUGUACCAUGGGGGAAGAUUUUACGUUUAAAGACAUUUUUAGCAAGGGAACAUGAAAGUAAGCUUCAGUUACUUAAGUUAACAAGAAGUGAUUUCGUGAUUGUUAUCGGUCAUGUUCACUGGAGUGGCUAGUAAGAUGCUUUUAGUUGUCUUUGAUCUGGCCGUGUGAGAUUGCGUUCUCACCGUGCCCUAAUUCCUUCGUUUGCAUGCUUGUGAAAACUGAUUCUUGUUCCGCACAGAUGUCAACGCAGUUUACUCCAUACGCUUUCUAGAGUCCUGGACCGAAUGUGCGUGCGCGGAAAGACAGAAUGACAAAUUGAAGGGAUUGCAGGCAUUUACUUUGCCCCUGUCUGUCUUCUUUGAAUGAGCGGAAUGAAUCGAAUAUAUAUUUUGCGUAUUUUGGUGUCAAUAGUACACCUGCCAACGCAAGACACGGUGAAUUUAUCGGGGACAGUCUAACUUCCGAAGAGGUAGACAUCUCCCCGUCAACCGGGACGUUAGCCUUACUGACGCACAGGGCAGCAGCCCACAGAAGUGAGCCCACGCGCCUGGAUUCCUCUUUGCCUCGUGCUGUGCACCUACACAGCGGAGAUGUUCCCUUCCACAUCCCCUUAACGGGACAUUCAUGUGUUCGUUUGUUUUGUUUAUUUUUUCUUUGGAUUGAAGGAAGGCGAGGGGCAAGCCAAACGGUCCAUUUCCAAGUUUGGUGAGCGGGCGACCGGUGGUACAAGGCAAUGGCAGUCCCAGUGACUUCAGUAUCGUUACUUGCUCUCCUUGCACUCGUUUCAAUGGUGCUGAGUGCCGAGAUCGAGGAGAGGCUGGUGGGUCAGCUGCUGUCACCUGAGAGGUACAACAAGUUGAUCAGGCCAGCCGUCAACACAAGCCAGGUCGUCACCAUCAGCAUACAGGUGUCCCUGGCCCAGCUCAUCAGUGUGAAUGAGAGAGAGCAGAUAAUGACCACCAACUGCUGGCUCACACAGAUCUGGAAUGAUUACAGGUUAAUAUGGGAUCCUGAUGAGUAUGAGGGCAUCAGAAAAGUUCGCCUUCCGUCUCAACACAUCUGGUUACCGGAUAUCGUCCUGUACAACAAUGCUGAUGGGACAUACGAGGUGUCCUUCUACUCUAAUGCGGUGGUGACUUACAAUGGUGAGGUGGCCUGGCUACCUCCAGCCAUCUACAAAAGCGCCUGCAAGAUCGAGGUGCGCGACUUCCCCUUCGACCAGCAGAACUGCACGCUCAAGUUCCGCUCCUGGACCUACGACCACACAGAGAUCGACCUGGUGCUCAUGUCCGACUUUGCCAGCCGCGACGACUUCAAGCCGAGUGGCGAAUGGGACAUCGUCUCGCUGCCCGGCCGCAAGAAUGAGGACCCGAAUGACGACACCUACCUGGACAUCACCUACGACUUCAUCAUCAAGCGCAAGCCGCUCUUCUACACCAUCAACCUCAUCAUCCCCUGCGUCCUCAUCACCUCCCUGGCCAUCCUGGUGUUCUACCUGCCGUCCGACUGCGGUGAGAAGAUCACCCUCUGCAUCUCCGUGCUGCUGGCCCUCACUGUGUUCCUCCUGCUGAUCUCCAAGAUCGUGCCGCCCACUUCGCUGGCCGUGCCGCUCAUCGGCAAGUACCUGAUGUUCACCAUGGUGCUGGUGACCUUCUCCAUCGUGACCAGCGUGUGCGUGCUCAACGUGCACCACCGCUCGCCCAGCACGCACACCAUGCCGUCGUGGGUCAAGCGCCUCUUCCUCGUGCGCCUGCCGGCCUUCCUCUUCAUGCGGCGGCCCGGCGGCAGCUCCAACGUGCGCGAGCGCUUCCGCCACAGGCACCGCAAGUGCUCCUUUUCCGACCCCAAGACGGGAGAGGCCGCCGGUCAGGGAGGCUCCGCCGGAGGAGGAGGAGGAGGAGGAGGGUCCGGCGACUCGCCCUCCACGUUCUUCGUGAACGAGGACUCGGCUAAGCGCUACGGCUGGCACUCGGGCGACCUGCCGGAGAGUGGCGCCAGCGGGACGGAGUUCCGCCGCCGCAUGACCCUCCGCUGCAACGUGGACGUGCAGGAGGCCGUGGACGGCGUGCGCUACAUCGCCGAGAAGAUGAAGACGGAGGAUGACGACGAAGGGAUCAUCGAGGACUGGAAGUAUGUGGCCAUGGUGAUCGACAGGCUGUUCCUGUGGGUGUUCGUGUUGGUCUGUGUGACCGGCACGAUAGGACUGUUCAUGCAGCCGCUGUUUCAGAGCCUGAACACGCCCACGGUGGACGACGGCGAGUGAGCGGGGACAAAAUAGCCCUCUCUUCACGACCCCCUCAUAAUGGACAAGGAGCUGAAGAGAUCUCAGACCUCCUGAUCAAGCCCCCCCCCCCCCCCCUUCCCUUUCCACCCCACAAUCUACUACCACAUGUUUACUACCCAGCUGCUGUUAUAACCUGGAGAACAGAAGAGAGAAAGAGAGAGAGAAGAGAGAGAGGAAAGAGAAGAUACCCCCAAGCCCUGCACUAGCCCUUGUCCACCACUCACACACUCUCUCACACACUUGACGUGCGUAGACACAUGCCUGCACACACUCCCUCAUGUACAGUGCAUACAGAUACACACACACACACACACACACAUACAGCCACUACAACAUGUUGCACUGUGACCCUCCUUGCACUAUGACUUGCUGAACUCUUCUAACGCUGGCCUAACUUAACCAAACACAGCCCAGCACUGUCCCUGCCAAAUCUACACAGACACAUCCACGGAGUAGACCUCGAACAGUUUGACCGACAAAUUAAAACUCAGGACUACAUUGCAGCUUUUGAUUCUUCCGCUUUCUUGUCAUCUUGUUUCUUUAUCCCUCUGUUACAAUAAUCCGAACUCACGGUUGCUUUAAUAUUCUCCUCCGUAACACUAUACUGCAAGUGGCUGUUUCGAGGGCACACAUUACGUCCUUCAUGCAAGCUUCAAAUGCUCUGUCAUAAAGUUGUAAGCAUGGAUAAUCAUGUAUACCAGCUUUGUAAGCACCAGCUUAAAGUCUUAUACCAGGCCUUUCUGAUUUCAUUCCUUAUUCCAUGCUUAUAACUCGGUUAUAGAUAUAUGUGUAGGCAUAGGGCAGUCAGCAGGACCCUUGAUGUUGCCAUAUGUACGGCAUUAAUGAAGGACUCCCAGCAUAGAACUGUAGCGAAGCCUGGUCCUGUCACGGCUGUAAUGUCUGACCAUUUAACUCAGAUGGAGAUAAAUCGUGUGUGCAAAGAAAGACUUUCAACUGGCUGUUUGGUUUAUAUCAUAAAAAGAGAAGUCAUUUCUGCA